GUUUCAGCCUCUGGAACCUCAAAACACCACAACCACUGUGAAAGAGAGAAGAAGACGAUGAAUGUGAAGAGGGACAGAGACUCGAGUAGUACAUCCAGAUCUCAUGCGACAAUGCCCCACCAUAAUAAUCCUACACCUUCGUCUCUCCCUGUGGUGGUAACUCUCAAUUGCAUCGAGGACCCAACCCCAGAGCAAGACUGCCUUGCUGGAAUUGCAGUGGUCGAACACGUCCCACUGAGUCGACUCACGGAGUCACGAAUCGAGUCAGCCGCCGCCGUGUGUCUCCACUCGCUAGCCUUCCUCCCACGCGCCGCCCAGCGCCGCCUCAAGCCAUGGCAGCUUAUCCUGUGUCUUGGCUCAUCUGAUCGCGCCGUUGACUCCGCCCUCGCUUCUGACCUCGGACUCAGCCGCCUAGUCCACGUCGAUGUUAGCCGAGCUGAGGAGGUGGCCGAUACCGUCAUGGCUUUGUUCCUUGGAUUGCUUCGACGGACUCAUUUGCUAUCACGCCAUGCGCUAUCGGCUUCGGGAUGGCUCGGAUCGGUUCAGCCGCUGUGUCGGGGGAUGAGACGGUGUAGAGGGCUUGUGUUGGGGAUUAUUGGUAGAUCUGCGUCUGCGAGGUCUUUGGCUACUCGGAGCUUGGCUUUCAAGAUGAGUGUGCUCUAUUUCGAUGUUCGCGAGGGAAAUGGAAAAGUAAGUAGAUCUUCCACAACAUUCCCUCCUGCUGCUCGAAGAAUGGAUACUCUUAAUGAUUUACUGGCUGCAAGUGAUCUUGUCUCACUCCAUUGUGCCCUGACAAAUGAAACUAUUCAGAUUAUCAACGCAGAUUGUUUGCAGCACAUAAAGCCUGGGGCAUUUCUUGUAAAUACCGGCAGCAGUCAGCUACUGGAUGAUUGUGCUGUAAAGCAGCUUCUGAUUGAUGGCACCCUAGCAGGCUGUGCUCUAGAUGGUGCUGAAGGGCCACAAUGGAUGGAAGCAUGGGUAAGGGAGAUGCCCAAUGUAUUACUACUUCCCCACAGUGCAGAUUACAGUGAAGAAGUGUGGAUGGAGAUAAGAGAAAAAGCUAUUUCUACAUUGCAGACAUUCUUGUUGGACGGUGUUAUUCCAAAGAAUGCUGUUUCUGAUGAAGAAGAAGAGGAAAGUGAAAUAGGGUAUGAAAAUGAACAAGAAGAAAAAGAAGAAAACGAAAGUGCCUUGCAGGUUUCUGUUGGUGAGCAAUUGACAGAUGAUGUCCAUGUGACUAUGGAGGGCUCCCAGAAAAAGAUUAUUAGUCGAUCAAAGGAGUCUCCUAGCCAGCAUCAGGGAUCAGCUUUGUCACAAAAUACUUCCUCUUGGUCUGAAGUAAAGCGCAGUAGGUCAGGAAAGAAGGCUAAAAGGAGGCAUGCCCGUCAAAAGUCCCUGCACAAAUCAGAUGAUCCUUCUACCAUAGAAAAAGAGGGUACAUCACAUCGAGAAGAUGAUACUGCAAUGAGUGGCACAGAUCAAGUAUUGAGCUCCAGUUCACGUUUUGCUUCGCCUGAAGAUUCAAGGAGUAGAAAAACACCAGUUGAAUCAAUACAAGAAUCAUCAUCUGAUCAUCUUAUAAAAUCAAGCAUGGCGCUCAGUAUAAGGUCAGGAGAACUGCUGAAGGAUGGUUAUAUCAUAGCUUUGCAUGCAAGAGAUCGUCCUGCACUUCAUGUCUCGAGGCAAAGAGCUCAAGGCGGUGGUUGGUUUCUUGACUCGAUAUCGAACAUAACAAAAAGAGAUCCAGCAGCACAGUUCCUUGUUGUUUUCAGAAGCAAGGAUACAAUUGGUUUGAGAUCUUUCACUGCUGGUGGAAAGUUACUGCAGAUAAAUAGAAGAAUGGAAUUUGUAUUUGCUAGUCAUAGCUUUGAUGUCUGGGAGAGUUGGACAUUUGAAGGUUCUUUUGAGGAAUGUAGGCUGGUCAAUUGCAGAAAUCCAUUGGCUGUCUUGGAUGUACGCAUUGAAAUCCUUGCAGCUGUUGGUGAAGAUGACGGGGUUACACGCUGGCUUGAUUAGUUGUGAACAUGGAAAAAUUAACGCCGCAUUUGUAAUAUUCCGGAAGAGCUUUGGAUUUGUAUACCAUUCAAUUUUCACACUGAACAUCAGUGUGUUGUGUGUUGUGUGUUGUG